AUAAAAUCCAAAAUCUAUAUAAAGCCUAAUGAAAUUCCUUGCCGUUACGGUCCUCAUCUUUACCUUUUCCGUUUCGGUUUUCGGUGUAGAAUUGGGGUUUUGCAGUGACGAAAUGGCCACUACCCUCGGAGGAGUGCACCAAUCCAGAGGAGCGGAGAACAGCGCCGAGAUAGACGACCUCGGUCGCUUCGCCGUCGAUGAACACAACAAGCGAGAGAAUGCGCUGCUUGAGUUUGCAAGGGUGAUCAAGGCGCAAGAGCAGGUGGUGGCGGGUAAGUUGCACCAUUUGACGGUGGAGGUUGUUGAUGCGGGCAAGAAGAAGCUGUAUGAGGCGAAGGUUUUGGUGAAACCGUGGAUGAACUUCAAGGAAUUGCAGGAAUUCAAACACGCAGGCGAUAGUUCCUCUUUUACCGCUUCGGAUCUUGGUGUCAAGAAGGAUGGUCAUGAUGGCCCUGGCAAGCAAGAAGUGCCGACACAUGAUCCUGUGGUCCAGGAUGCAGCAAAUCAUGCUGUUAAGACAAUUCAGCAGAGAUCUAACUCCCUUCUGCCUUAUGAACUUAAGGAGAUUGUUCAUGCCAACGCAGAGGUGAUGAAUGACCUGGCAAAAUUUGAUAUGCUUCUCAAGCUCAAGAGAGGAGACAAAGAAGAGAAAUUCAAGGUGGAGAUACAUCAGAAGAGUGAAGGGACUUUCCAUCUGAAUCAAGUGGAGCCCGAUCACUCUUGAAUCGACACUAUUGUUUAUUGUGGAAGUAGUACAUUGUACAUACUUUUUAAGUGUCGUAUAGUAGCUCUCGCUUUAUUGGAACUGCAGUUUCUACCAUGACAAUACUAUCAAGUUGUGGUGACUUCUUUACUGCUUUAAGAAUGUAAUGCGGUAUUUGUUAUUUUGGUUCAAGAAAACUUGAAGUCGUGUCUUGUGUGUUUUUAUUUGCUUUUUAUUAGCAGAAGUCCUUUAAUAAAUACUCAGUACUAUUUUUAUGAAAUUAAAACUUAAAAGUUGCU